AUGUUCAGAUGUGUCUGCAUCGCCUCCGAUUUAAGGAUUGGAGAGCAAAUGACAACAAUAGCUGUUGAUCAAAAAAAGGUUCACAAAAUUGCGGAUAAGGUUUAUUUGGGACUAGCUGGAUUUAACUCAGACGCAGUUACUGUGUUGGAAAAAGUCACAUUCCGAAAGACCCUAUACGAGCUGCGGGAAAACCGUAAAAUCAAACCGGCGGUACUCGCGACAAUGAUCUCUAAUCUGGCUUACCAGCACCGCUUCGGCUCAUUCUUCACAGAACCGUUGGUAGCCGGCCUUGAUCCUGAUACGAAUAAGCCUUACAUAUGCGGGAUGGACACGAUCGGCUGCAUUGCGGCUCCUAAAGACUUUGUUGCUGUAGGAACAGGACAGGAGUAUUUACUGGGGGUGUGCGAAAUGUUCUGGAAAGAAAAUAUGAGUCCAGAAGAAUUGUUCGAAGCUACUGCGCAGUCGAUGCUGGCCUGUUUAGAGAGAGAUGCUGCUUCAGGAUGGGGAGUGGUCAUAUACACGAUUACCAAGGACAAGGUAUGUUUUUCUUAG